UUACAAUAAUAUUACCCCGCAUAGUUGAAGUGGUUCCCAUACCAAAUGUCAGCGUCUCUUGCAGCAAUAUUAGGAGGUGCUGCAGGAGCCGUGACUUUGGUGGGGAUAACUAUCAUACUCAUUUGGUUCUGUCUAUCUCACAAUAGGAGUGUAUCCAGAACUUCUGAAACAGGUUCUUCUGAUCCAUCUGUUCAAGUGGGAAGACAUGCUGGGGUUGAGUUGUCAAUGCAAGAAACAAGGCGUUUUCAGAUGGAAGAAUUGUCUCUGGCCACAAAAAAUUUCAGUAAUACAAACUUGAUUGGGGAAGGAAAAUUUGGGGAGGUAUAUAUGGGUUUUCUUCAAGAUGGGAUGCUUGUAGCCAUCAAAAGGCGACCUGGAACACCUAGUCAGGAAUUUAUCAAUGAGGUACACUAUCUCUCAGCUAUUCAGCAUCGGCAUAUUGUUACUCUCUUGGGUUACUGCCAGGAAAAUAAUCUACAGUUUCUUGUGUACGAGUAUAUUCAUAGUGGAAGUGUUUCCAGUCACCUGUAUGGCACUGGUCAGCAUUCACGUAAAAAGCUAGAAUUCAAGAACCGACUAUCAAUAGCUCUAGGGGCAGCUAAAGGUUUGGCUCAUCUUCACUCUUCGAGUCCCCGUCUGGUGCAUAAAGAUUUUAAAACAGCCAAUGUUCUUGUAGACGAAGAUCUACUAGCUAAGGUUGCAGAUGCAGGAAUCCGCAAUUUCCUUGGAAGAGUUGAUAUUGCAGGCUCAUCUUCUCAAGUGACUGCUGAUGAGAUGUUCCUUGCUCCAGAGGUGAGAGAGUUUAGACGAUUUUCGGAGAAAAGUGACAUAUAUAGCUUUGGUGUAUUCCUUCUGGAGUUAGUAAGUGGGCGAGAAGCAGGAGAAUUGGCAUCUUCCGACUCAAACCAGAACCUGGUUGAAUGGGUGCAAAACAUCCAAGAUAAUAGCAAUGUUUCGUGCAUCAUUGAUGAGAGAUUGGGGAAUAGCUUCACAGGUGAAGCUAUGGAAGGGUUCAUACACUUGAUAAUGCGAUGUUUGGAACCUUCAAGUGAGAGGCGACCAGCCAUGAGCAAUGUGGUAAUGGAGCUAGAUCGAAUACACGAGAAAGAGAUUAGCUUGACAACAAUCAUGGGGGAAGGACCCUCCACUGUGAUCCCAGGAAGUCAGUUAUUUAGAGCAACAAAAUAAAAGACAAACAGCGAGCAGCCAAACAGUUAAGAGUGAUAUUUGUGAAAUACGUGUUUUUUGUUUUCUUGAAAAAGAAAAGGGAAAUUGUAUUACUUGUUAUUUUUUUUCCUUUCUGAAACAUUAGAGAAGAAGAGAUUCAGCUGUUUGAUAAGUGUAUAAAGAAGGGCUGGCAUUAUUUUUUGAUUAUUUUUACUUUAUAUAAAUGGAUUACUAGUGUUGUUGUAUAAUAAACCAUUAUUUGUUGUUAA